AUGUCGUUUUUAAACAUAUUUAAGAAGAAACAAACCCAAACCAAUUCUUCCGAAUCGUCAUACGCAAGUAACUUCAGUGAUGAAGUAUCGGGCGAUUAUGUGAUAAAGAAGUCGCGGAAACCAGUCGUUCAGGACACCGAAUCCUUGUGGGAUUGCAGAGACCGAAUGUUGUUGAAUUUGCGCAAGAUAAAGACAGAGGUCGGCGAAGAUGGAGCUAAAAUUCAACCAGAGGAUGCACCUAUAAUUGUUGAAGAAUUUCAGCCGGACACUACAAUAGUGGACAUGCAGGGUAGUAAUAUAUCGAGUCAGACAAUCGAUCAGUCAACAGGGACGUCCACGGUUACAGACAACCCAACGAUUGACAAAAGCCAACAGAUGAGCAGUCGUACUUCGAGUAUAGUUGUUGUAGAAUAUCAGUCGGACACCCCAACAGUGGACUUGCAAGGUAGUGUUUCGAGUCAGACAAUCGAUCAGAUCGAGGAGGCGGUUACCUGCAAGCCAACGACUGACAACAGCCAACAGAUUAGCACCGAAAGCAGCAUAAAACACGUUGAAAAAAAGACGAAACUUCCGAAUAUUGAAUGGGAUGAAAGUUGUAUGACAAUAAAAGAAUAUAGCACGUAUAACUCUAUGGUGGACAAGCUGUGUCAAGUGCAGACGAAUACGAAAUAUCCCAAAAACGUCAAGAAUAGAGUAUUUGCACCGUCAUAUUGUAGCUGCAGCAACAGUUACCAUUGUUGUCCGUGUCACGAGGUCAUAGUGCCUGUACAUAAAAUCGCGUACGGCGUAUCGCUGCUCGUCAAACACGUGUUCGAGACGUGUCAGUUGUUGGAAAGGUGCCUGCAGAAAACCGACCAUGCCGUACAAAGAUCCGAAAUCCAAUUGAGAUUGAGGGCCACCGCUGCCGAAGCGAAGCAUCUGGCCGGUAAGCUGACAUUUUUGGUGAUUGACGUGAACCACACCACCGGCACACCGGAUCAGAUAGAAAUGCUCAUCAACGUUUAUGACGCGUGCUUCAGACGUUUCAAGAAGAUCAUGAAAUUCAUGCGCCGGAUCGAAAUGCCCGAGCAGAGGGAAAAAUUAAGAUAA